AUGGCAGAGCAGAGUUUGGAUUGGUGGAAGGAAUUGAGUCAGGAUUGGUAUGACUUGAUUGAUGNGCCAUUNGACAACUUUAGUGUUCCAACCGCCUUUCCUAACAAUGUUCUUCCGACCGUUGACGAAGCUCCGCAGAUGUUAUCAUCGUCUCAAACAUUGGAACACAUGCAGUUUCAUUCGAACAAAGGAAAAAGGAUAACAUGGACAAAAGAGGAGCAUAGGAGGUUUUUAGAAGGACUUUAUAGGUAUGGAAAAGGAAAUUGGAAAAACAUUUCAGCCUACAUUCAAACAAAGAGUACAAGUCAAGUGGCAAGCCAUGCACAAAAGUACUUUAUCCGUCAAAGUAAAUCAAAAGAGCAAAAGAAGAGAAAAAGCAUUCAUGACAUGGUUAUGGAGAAUACUACUCAUACUAAUGUUCAUAUUCAAAAUUCAUCAUAUAAUAGAAAUCUUGCAAGUUCAGAAUUUUACGAAAUGCAACCCUUCAAUCCUUACAUGAACAUGUCUGAUCCAGAAGAGCUAAAUCAUAUGAAUAUGACUUAUCAACCACGAGAAGAAAUGAUGAACCAAAAUCAUAUGAAUUCCAACAACAUAUUUGAUCAUCCUGCAAACUUUAAUCAAAUGCAACACUCGCAAGCCAUAUCCUUCAAUCCUUACAUCAACAUGCCUCAUCCACCAGAGUUAAAUCAUAUCAAUACCUUAAAUCAUCAUCCACAAAAUAAUGGAAUAGAUCCCACACAGUUUAAUCAAAUGCAACCACCAUUUUAG